ACCAGCUAAACGCGCAAUUUGAAAUGUUCCAGCUAAGCUAACUAGCUAGCUGUGAAUCUAGCGGAGCGAUAUUUUGUUAAUUCAUUAAUUUAACUUGCUUGUAAAUUGCUCGUAUUUGUAUUGUUAUAAAAUUGGUUGGUCAGUACAGCAUGGAUGUUGGUUCACAUUUACAGAGUUUUGAGCAAAGUUUAAUCAACUAUACUGGAGACGACCCACUCGAUCCAUGGGACAGGUUUAUAAAAUAUCUAGAGAAGAGAUGGGUUGCUGAGGACUCCAAAGCGAUGUCUCUUGUGCUAGAUCGUCUAGUACAAAGAUUUCUCCAAGAAGAGCGUUAUACCAAUGACAUCCGAUACGUAAACUACUGCAUUAAAUGUGCAAGUUAUUACAAUGAGCCCAUCAAACUAUACAGCCACAUAUACAGUAAGGGCAUUGGCACCAGAGAUGCAGUCCUCUAUGUGGCGUGGGCUCAACAGUUUGAGCAGCAGGGCCUGCUUCAACAGGCUGAUGCCGUGUACCAGAGAGCCAUGGAAAACCAAGCUAAGCCAACUGACACUGUCCUUCAGCAAUACAGAAUGUUCCAAACCAGGACUUCUGGAAGUGGGGCAGGGGCUUCAGAAGCUGUACGGAGUCCUCUUCAGAAUUCCAACUUGGUAAAUCGGCUGCAAACCCACAGAGUGCCCAACCCACAGAGUGCCCAGCCCACGGACCCUGAACUUCUGUACCAACUCUCUACAGACAGAACUGUUCUCAUAAUCUCCCGGUCUGAAAAUGUGGUGGUAAAUAAACCCAAUCAAGGCCCGGUUGUGAGCCUGCAGACAGUGUCGAUGUACCGUACGGAAGACCUCGUCUGCGAUGGGUCUGAACUAUGCUUCGAGGAGGUCAGAGCCAGACAAUACUUUGUGAGAUGCAAGCAAGAGAAGAAACGGAGAGAGUAUGAGGAACGUCAGAGGUUGGUUAGAGAGCAGGAGGAGGAGGUAAUGAGGAUGACCCGGCUGUUGGAGGAGCUGGAGAGUAAUCUCCGUGUGAGUUCUACAGACCAGGGAAGCACCGCCAGUGCUCUACCAGUGCAGCAGGCACUCUGCACACCUGCAACAGAUCUGAAUCCUGAGUUCCUCCAACAUUCCUUAAGGCAACCUAUACUCUCGAGCAACCUCGGCAUCAAACUCACUCCAGGCUUUAGACUGAACAGUGGACAGGACCCCAGACAAGCCAUGGUUAGGGAAUCUGAGACACACCUUCAGUGCGACCAUCUCAGGGCUCCCAUUACAGACACACUGCGCUCACAGAGAUCCGUUUCCCCAUCUGGACAGUUGGAGGAGGUAAACACCUCCCUUAGACGCUCCCUCCACAUGCCAGAAACAACAAUGGGUCACUUGGGUGAAUGUACAAAAGCUCCAAAACCAUUUGCAGUCGCUUCCCAGGCAUAUUCUCUACAAGCUUCUCUGGUUCAGCCCCAACCAGAACAAAACCCUAAGCCAUUUGGGUCGGCCCCACAGAAGCCAGCGGCCUACAGAUCUGACGUGCAGCUUGGUGGAGUUCCAAAUCAGGGUGGUCACUCUCACCUCAGCAGCAUUUUCCAGCAGCACAAUGGCAGGGAUCAUCAUGAGGUGUCUGUCAGUGAAGCUCCUGAGUCGGAGGUGAAAUUAGAUGUGUCACAGGGAGGGACUGGAAACGUGUCCCAUAUCACUCCUAACACUUCUCUGGGACUGGUGCAAGCCACUCCGUCCAGGGUGCUCCCAUCCCCCACAGUCAACACACGGGAGGCACUUGAUGCUAUCAUGGACAUGUUCCAGGCUCCAACCCUCCUGCAGGAGGACCAGUUCCGCAGCAUGCCAAUGCAUCCACAUCAGGCGGAGAAGAGCUUUGAUGCUGGCUACCAGAGAACGGGCGCCACUUCAUUCAGCAAGCCCCGCAGUGCAGUCCCUUUCGCCAUCUUUCAAGAUGAGAAUGACAUAAAGGAGAAAUGCAGUGCUGCUAUGGUGGACAAUGCAAAGCCACCAAGGGCCCUAGCAGAAAUCCCUGUAUCUAAACCAGAGAAACAAAAUAAAUCUCCGUCGGAAUUGAUACCAGAUGAGAGCACUAUGUGGGAAGCACGCUACAACUCCCUGGCUGCCUGCCCCAACAGCACCAGAGACUUUUCACUGUCGGCUCACCUGGUCUCCACGCCCUUCCAAAACAAAGCUCCUUACUCCUGGGACUUUGAGCAGGAUCAAGAACAUGAUCAACCCAGAGGCUUUGGGGGUCUGGAAGAAGUCCCUUUCCUACGACAGCCCACAAAACUCAGCCCUAUCAUAGAGCAGAGCCCACCUGAUGGGUUACCUGAGACUGGCACGGAGUGCUCUAUGAGAGCUCAGGACUUUGCUGAGCAGGGCACCAUCGUGGGAGAAGGGCUAGCCCUGGCCCAGCGAAGCCUGGCUACCUGCUCCAUGACUGAAGUGCAGCAUCAUGCCCCGGCCGCACUGUCCUUCAGAGACCAGACUGCCCCCCUGACCCAUGCUGAGGCCUCAAAGCCAGACUGGGAUGUCAAUGUGAGCCCAGAGCAGUCCUCAAAGCCAGCUUUUCCUCUCCCACCGCGUGCACCUGUGGCAGAAGCAUUCCUUUCAAAGAGCCAGAUCUAUGCCCUCAAAUCCAACUUUGAUGUUCCAACUUGUCCAGAGAAAGCCACAACGCCUGCCUUCGAUAUCCCCAUGAGUCCGGAGUAUGCACCCAAGUCAGACUGGUUAGUGGUCAAAAGCCCAGAGUUUGUGGUUGAACCUGACUUGAAUGCCUUCAUGAGUUCCCGUCGGGGUCAGAGAACAGUCGGCAUCCCUCUGGGGACCAUGGACAUCCGCAUGAGUCCAGAUCCACCUAAAUUUGUCUCGGAUGUGACCAUGAGUCCAUUCCAGUCGUCAUCAAAGUUCAGAAUGGAUAGUCCUAUGAGCCCAGCUCCAGAAGUGAGGUAUGGCAUGGAUAUUCUUGUGAGCCCAGACCAAGGUUCAAAGGUGAACAUGGAUGUGCCCAUGAGUCCAGCAGCACAAGGGGCAGCGGCUGUAGAGCUGGUCUCCGACCCCUGGGAUGAGGAGCUGAUUUCCUCCCUGCUUUCCAAGCUGUCCACGCCACUCACCUCACAGCCUAACUUCAUCACCUGGCAGUGCAAAGUCCCCAGCAUUGCACCCAAGAUGACCAUCAAGAUUGGGGAAGGCUCCUUACGGGUUGACUGUGUACUCGGACAGGGUGCCUUUGCCACAGUCUACCAGGCAACUGACCUCAACACCUCAGAGAAGAUGAUUUUAAAGGUGCAGAAACCAGCCAAUCCGUGGGAGUUUUACAUCAACUCUCAGCUGAAUGCCCGGCUGCAGCCCAGCGUGCGCCACCUCUUUAAUAACAUCCACUCUGCCCACCUCUUCCAGAAUGGUAGCGUGCUAUUGGGCGAGCUCUACAACUGUGGCACCCUAUUGAAUGCUGUAAACCUGUACAAGAACCUUGGUGGCAAGGUGAUUCCCCAGCCUCUGGUGAUCUACUUCACUGUCUGCAUCCUGCACAUGGUGGAACAGCUGCACAAUAUCCACAUUGUUCACGCUGACAUCAAACCAGACAACUUCCUGCUGGGAGAGAGGUUCCUGGAGAACAAGUCUUUUGACCAAGAUAAUCUGGAUCAUGGCCUCUCCCUAAUUGACCUGGGUCAGAGCAUUGACAUGACUCUGUUCCCAGAGGGCACGGCUUUCAACACCAAGUGUAUGACCUCUGGCUUCCAGUGUACAGAGAUGCAGAGUGGGAGACCAUGGAACUACCAGACGGACUACUUUGGAAUAGCUGGAACGGUGUACUGCAUGAUUUUUGGAACAUACAUGCAAGUGAUACAGGAGGGUGGCGUGUGGAAGACAAAUGCAGUAUUUAGAAGAAAUCCCCACAGUGAUCUGUGGACAGAGUUCUUCCACACUCUGCUGAAUGUACCUGACUGCAGCUCCCUGCCCUGCCUGCAGAGCCUGCGCAGUAGACUGAGCACUGUGCUCCAACAGAACUACAGCAACAAGCUGCCAUCGCUGAAGACCCGCCUGGUUAUCCAGCUGUUAGAGAGCAGGACGGCACGGAGAUAGAACUCCCUGAGAACAUUUCUACUCCUGGGUCCUGUUCAGUAGGUAUACAAUUAAAGAAAGCGGUCUGAAACUGAGUGGAACUUGGGAGAUACUAUCUGUACUUUAUGAACAACCCUAAUGAACACGACCCUGGAUGGAUACUACUGCAAUGUCGAAUUUCUAGUCCAUUUGUAAAUACAAAAGAUUGACCUUAGAUCGGGUCCGGUCAUUGUGAUAACCUUUUAUGUUUUUUAGUGAUAACAAUUUGUCUAUUUAAAUAACAGAAAUUGUGAGGUUGGAGAUGUUAUGGUGUAUUUUCAUUUGUAAAGAAUAAAAAUAAAAACAUUUCUGUUUUGCAA